UUUUAGUAUUCCACACUUCUGCCAAUCUAUUAAUGUAGUAAGUCUAUUACUAGGCAAGCAAAAAAAAAAAAAGAAAAUUUUGACGCUAAUUUAAUAUGGCGUUUCAAUUCAACAAAAAAAUUCGUGUGCAAAUUCCUCAUCAGUAUGCAUGUUUACUAAUAUAGUACAAUAAAGUGUAUAUAUAAAUGUAUGUAAGUUUAAAUACUAAAAAAAAAUAUUUAAAUAUAAAAUUUGUGUUUUCUAAUUUAUUUGUGAGAAAUCAAAGAAAAUAAUGCGACAUAAUGAAACCAAAUCAUGAAAUUUUUUGUUCAAAGUUUUGAAUAUUAUCAAUAAUAUUUUUAUACAAAAGAUUUUAGAAAAAUUAUAUUUUUAAUACUUCAUAAAACCAGUAAAUCCGCUGCAAAUUCAAUUAAGAAGUUCAGAAUAAAAUAAAAAUUGACGCAAAUUUAAUAUACUAUUUGCAAUACAUAAAUUCGUAUGCUAUAUUAUAAAUACGUUUUUGUGAACAGUAUGCAUAUUUAAAGUACUUAUUAGUGCAAAUUUAUAUAAAAUAUGUACGUUAUAUUAUAUCGUACAUGAAAAAAACCAGAAAUAUUAAUAAAUAUUCAAUGUAAAAGAAUUCCACAUUUUUUUUUAAUUAAGCUGUGAGAAAUUAAGAAAGGCAAAAAGUUAAAAAUUGAUCGAAUGAAACAUGUCACGUAAAAACUAUUGAACUCAUUAUUCCAGUAAAAGCGUAGCAAUUUUCUAAAAGGUGUUUAAAAAAAAAAAACUAUGGAUAAAAAUGGUGCUGACGGUGGAAAUGACAAAUCUGCGGGAAAAUCUGGAGGAGCUGGCCAUGAUCCGUCGUUACUAGAUGCAGCUUCUCUUUUUGCUUACUGGAAUCGUGAUCCUGCUGCAGCAGCAGCUGCUGCUGCGUCCAAUCCAUUGUUUUCAUCACAAUUUGGAGCCGCAGCGGCAGCUGGAUUAGGCUUAUUGCCAAAUCCAAGUUCAGGUAGUGAUAGAUAUUCUAUGGCAGCAGCAGCUGCGGCUGCUGCUGCUGGACAUCAUCAUUCCAACACAAUGGCUGUAGCAGCUUCACAAGCUGCGAGUCUAGCUGGGUUGCAUCCAGCUGCAAGUUGGUGGUCCAUGGCUCAAUUAGCAGCUGCUCAAGAUUAUUUUAAUCGCUUACAAGCAUCUGGGUUAUCUCAGUUUGCGCAUCCUGAUUUAUCUACAGCUUUUCCAGGUGGACUUGCGAGUUUAACUGCAAUCGGCGGCGUGGGAAGUGGUAAUCCUGGAAAUUCCGGCAACUCGGCUAGUGGAUCUUCGAAUUCGAAGUCGAAUCAAAAACAGAAUCGUAAAGAAAAACGUCAACAAGCUCCAAUUGCGAAUAAUAUAAACAAUAGUGCAAGUAGUUUACAUAAUUUAGGAUCAAAUACCACUAUAACACCAACGUCGUCUACUGGAACAUCUAAUUCUUAUAAAUCAUCUUAUAAUAAGUCAACAAUGCAAUCAAAUAUGACGACACCUCCAGUAUCAAUAUCUGCUUAUAACCCAGCUACUUUACAUAAGGAAUUGUUGGCGAUGCAAGCUGCUGCUGUAUCAGCUGCUCAACAACAGCAAAGUUCUUCGAAAAAAUCACAUCAUUCUCAACAACUAACUGGAAUUUCAUGUGGUUCAAGUGGAAAUAUUAAUAAUAAUACCAGCAAUAGCAAUAAUAAUAAUAUUAAUAAUAAUAAUAAUAAUAGCAAUAAUAAUAACAAUAAUAAUAGUAAUAAUAAUAAUAAUAACAAUGGUAACAAUAACAACAACAAAUCUUCAUCAUCAUUGUCAUCUUCACAUCAUCAUUCGUCUACAUCUCUUAAUAGUCACCAUAGUUCAAUGUAUUCCAAUUCUUCUGGUAUUACGGGGAAUAGCAAUCGUACUAGUAAUAACAGCAGCUCGAAAGAUCGCAUCAAUGAUAAAACAUCUCAGGCACAGGCAUCUUUAAAUGCUCUUAAUUCCUUAUCCCAGUUGGGCACCUUGGGUCUUACAUCUCAGCAAAGUGUACAAGCUGCCAUGAAUGCUUUAGCUGCCAAUUCAGAUAAGGUCAAGGAUUACAUGCCUCAAGGAAUUUUAAGUGCUGCAUUGGAAGGAAAUGAUCCAUCAUCUCUGUUGGGUGUACGACUACCACCGGACACGGAAAUCAUAAAGUAUACGUCCUCAAUUGUUGGUCCAAAAAUACCUGGUACAACAAAUCGUGGUCGCAAAAAGACAAUAUCACUCGAUCCAAAUCCUCUCCUUGCAUUUCCAGGCUUGAGUCCAGCGAAGCGAAGCCGUCUUGAAAUGGAGUAUGCAGCGGUUAUGGGACAGGUAGUUGCCGCACAACAAGCAGCAGCCCAAGCAGCAAGCAACAAUAGUAGUAAUACAUCGCAGAACUCAACCCAACAACAAUCACACGCAAAUUCAGCCUCGUCAGCAGCGGCCGUAGCAGCGUCUUCAGCAGCUGUUUUAGCUGCAGCAAUGAUGGGAACUCAUAACUUGGGAUCCACUGUGACGUCAUCAUCAUCAUCUUCAUCGGGCAACAACAGCUCAACAAACCUUAGUUCACAUGGUUCUAGCUCACAACUUUCAAUCCGUGAUAGAGAUAGCCAUCGAGAUAAUAGUUCUAGUAACAGUCGCAAUGAUAGGCGCAGCGAUAGAAAUAUUGAUAAAGAUCGAGGUUUUGAUAAUUCCAAUACCGAUCGGGUGGAAGUAAUAAAAUUGCCUCCCACUAUUACGUCAAAUGGCGCAUAUAAUCUAUCGAAUAAAAGUAGCAGUCAACUUAGCAUAUCAAAAGAUAUCGAUUCUGAAUCAAGUGGCAUUAAUUUGAGCUUUAAGAGCAACACUUCAAGUUUUAUCGAUGAUUUAGAUGCACCUCUUAAUUUGUCAAUGAAACCCUCUGAUAAAGCUUCUACAAAUAAUGACUUUUCAACGUCUAGUAAUGAAAAUAUCGGUGGUACAAGCAGCUUGCAAAGCUUAAGCUCAAUAACAGCAGCUCUUGGAAACUCAAAUUCUAGCGGACAAUCUACAAGUGGAAGUAGUCAUUCCGGAAAUAACAGUGAUAGAAGUAGUUCAAGCCACAAAGAGGGACGACCAAGAAAUUUGGGACGUGGAGUUUCUAAACCCAAAAAAAAUACAGUUGCAUCAUUACUAGCUCAAAGCCGAGCUGUUGGUAUAAAACCAAUGCUGGCAACACAGCAAUUAUUACAACAGGGAGCUGAUUUGGAAAAAAUUAGACAAGUUUUGGAAGCAAAUUCACAAAUUGAUGUUUCAACUGAUUCAGAAAGUAUUGCAGCUGAAAGUGGUUUAUCAGAAUCUGAAUCUGAAGAUCCGAAUAUAAUAAAUUUGUCUGAAUUAAGGGUUCCCUUAGAUAUGGGUUGGAAACGCGAAACAAUUAUACGCGGUUUAACAAAAUUAGGUCAGAUUCGUGGUGAUGUUUGUUAUUAUCCACCAAACAGUAACACAAAAUUAAAAAAUGUUGGACAAAUUUUAACUCACCUAGACAAAAACCCAUCAAAGUUAAAUCGAGACAACUUUAGUUUUUCAUCACGUGCUAUAAUUGGAUCGUUUUUACAGCCUGCUCCACCGCCAUACGCUAAUGAUGGCGAAUUUAUUAGAAUGUCCGAUAUUGACGUUGCUAAGAGAUUGGAAGAUUUAAAAAUGUUUACUCGCCAAAAUUUGAAUGUCGAACAGCGGAUUGAAAUUGCUAAACAGCAACAAGCAAUACGCGAUGCUAAAAAACUGGCCAAAGAAGAGAUGGCUAGAAGCAAAGAAAAAGCAAGACAAGAAAAAAAUGAAAAGCUAGAACAACAACGAAAAGAACGUGAAUUAAAAAAUCAACAGGCUGUUGAGGCUCGAAAGAAAAGACAAGAGGAAUUGGAAAGAAUGAAGCAAGAAGAAAUUUUAAAGAAGCAACAGGAAAAAGAAAAGAAAAGACAAGAAGCUAUUAUAGCUAAAGAACAGAAUUUUCUGCAGGAACUCAACAAGCAAAAGGAAUUAUUGUAUCAAAUUGAGCUGGAACGUGAAAGGAAAAGACAACAUAUGUCCUGGGUAAGACAAUUAGAUAAUCGCCGUAAAUUUGAAGAACGGGAAAAGAAAAAGCAUCAACUUGUGUUGGAUAGAUUAAUAUUAAGAGAAAAACGUGUAGCAUCUAGAAAAAGAGACGCAGAGAUCCUUUUAGAAAUCCGAAAGCCUAUGGAAGAUUCAGAAAUCGUCGAUCAAGUCGAUUUGCCCGAGUUUAAACGCCUAACAGGUUGUCGCUUGCCAGGGCAAGCAAUGGCUGACUUAUUAAUGGUAUUUGAAUUUCUUCAUAAUUUCGGAGAAACUUUAGGAUUUGAUAUGGAAUCAUUACCUACUUUCCAAAACUUACAUGACGCUUUGAUAACUGAUAGCAAUCCCGACGCUGAAGAGGAACUUUUAUCAAUAAUGACCCACUUACUAGUGUGCGCUAUAGAAGAUCCUGGAAUUCCAAACCCUGGUAGACAUACAACACUACUUGGCCAGUCUUUAAGGACAGCAGAUAUAACAAAUUCCAAUGUUUCCGAAGUUUUGCGAAUUUAUUUAUAUGCUAUUGCAACUGGGGAAGUUCGCCAAAUGUCAGGUAUAACUCUCGAUCGAGAAAAAGAGAGACGUGUAGCCGAUCAUCACCAAAUUGAUUCAGAAUCAAUUACACCCGUAAGUGGUAAAAAUCAACAAUAUUAUGAUUUAUUACAUGAAAAUGAAACUUGGAAAUUGUCAACCUGCCUGAAUGACAAACCAUUUGUGGCAUUAAAUCCAACGAAGAAAACUCAAAUUCUUGCCCAUUUAGUAAAUGAUUUGUUAAUGAAUAAAGCUGUACUCAAACAAAUUGAAGGAAGUUUGGAGUCUUGUGCGCAAAUAAAACGUGAUAAAUAUACAAAUGAUAUGAAAAUAAGGAAAUACAAGUCUUUGCACAUAAGAAAAUUAAGAAUGGAAGCAUACGAGAAAGCGCAGCACGAAAGGGAACUUGCGAUUCAACAUCAAUUGGAGCAGAAUCGAAAAGAAGCUGCUCGAGUAGCUGCUGAAGCAGAAAAAUUGGAGAGUGAAAAGUUGUCAAAUAUUUCAAAUACUGGGGGAAAUACCGAAACAGAUAAAAGUAGUGACAUUACAAAACCACAAUCAUUCCCAGAAAAAUCUUUAACAGCAACAACAUCGACUACGCCAAUAAUUGAGGCUUCCGUAUCUAUAGCCCUUGAUUGCGAGAAUGAAAAAAUGGAUGUUGAUGAUAGUAAUGUUUUAACAUCAACGCCGGAUACGUCUGUGACAAUUAAUCAUAGAGACGAAAUAAUUUCAGAAGUCCCAGAAUUCGGUAAAAUUCAAAUUCAGUCGCAUCAAACUCCUCAAUCCGAAAGAAGUAUUAUAGAUGACAGCCCAACGAAGAGUAGUAUGGAUUCAACACCAAUAAAAAUUUCUGAAAAUAAUAUUGCAACUUUUAAUGGCAAUUUACCAGCAAACACCGCAGACCUUAAUAACCUGGUGAUGAAUAAUAAUAAAAAAAUUAACUCGUCAAGAAUUCCUGAUGACGCGUCCACAGAUGUGGGAAUGGACGAAGACUUAAGUGAUGUUGAAAGUGUUAUAACCAACCUGGAAGAAGAUGAAGAUAUGAAAAUGUCUUCAGAUGAAGUUUAUAAAAAAUUAGAGAAAAUGGUGAGAAGUUCUGAACUGAUGAAAGAUUCUCUGGAACAAAGUUCCAAUCAGUUAAGAGCUCAGUGUUACGGACAAGAUAGGUACUGGCGAAGAUAUUGGAAGCUACCCAAAGCUGGUGGAAUUUUUGUUGAAGCUAUAGAAUCAGCGCAGAAUGAAAUAUUCGAAUAUAACGCAAUAUUGGAAGACGAAUUUAAAAGCAUGAUAGUCGUAAAAGAAAAUGAAGAAGACAGCGAAUAUUUGGAAAUAAAAAAAGAUAUUGAUGAAGUUUGUGACGAUGACGAAUCAGAAGUUGAAGAGAUUAAUCCCAAAGAAGAAAUUGAUAAUGGAAACAAAAUUGACGAAAAGGAUUUUAAGAGUAAAAAACAAAUCAGAGCUGACAAAGAAUUAAUGGAAAUUGAGGAAGAAGUAGACAUUUCAAAAGAUUUAUCUGAAAAUACACCCUCUGCGAAAGUAAAGUCUAUUAUUAGUAAUCAAAAAAAUCAAAAUAGUGAUAAUAAAGACAAAAAACAUAUAGGCGAGAAUUUAGAUAAUUUAGAAAAUUCAGAAGAACCGUUAUUGGAUUGCUCUUCCAAUUCGUCUGCGAAUAAUGUUGUCAAAAAUCAAAAUUUGUUGCAGCUUGUCCCAGCUAAGACAGUCGAUAUCGAGAAACAGUCGUUAUCACCUUUAGAGGGAAAAACCAGUGAUAAAUUAAAUACAAAUAAAAGUAUCGACAACAAUUCAAACCAAGAAGACAAUGGCAAAAGUAAUAAUAAUAAUGACAAAAAAAAUAGUUUUGACAAGAAGGAUAAUGAUGUAAGUAGGCAAAAUAAAAAGAAUGUUAGCGACAAAAAAGAAAAUAAUAAUAAUAAAAGAGAUGGAAAUGACAACAGCAGUGAUCGUAAAAAUGAAAUUGAUGUUAAUAUAAACAACGUUAAUAUUACUAAUGGUGAGAGUAAUAAUAAUGUUAUUGAUAAUAUAAUGAACAACCCUAAUAACAGUAAAGAUAAUGAUGAUAACAGUAUCAGUAACUUGAAUGAAAAUUACAAUAAUAAUGAUGACUGCAAUAAAAUGAAUAAUAUUAACGAAAAUAGUAACAUCGAUAAUAGUAGCAAAGUUUGUAAUAAUGAUAGUGUAAACCAAAAUAUAAAGAUGGAUAAUAUUCAUGACGAAGUAAGUACUUGUAGUACUGAUCAAGGUAAUGCAAACAAUAUUGUCGACAAAGGCAAUAAUAAUGUCAAUAACAAUGACAGAGGAAAUAAUAGUCCUGAUAAUCACAAUAGAAACAAUAAUAUUCAGCAUGAUAAUAAAAAUGAUGAGAAUACGAGGAGUAACGUUAAUAAUAACGACAACAACAAUGAAGAUUGUAAUAAUCAAGACAAUAUUAUGAAUAAUUAUACCCAUAACAGUAAUAAAAAUAAUAAUGAAAAUAAUCGCAGUAAUGGUAGUACUUACAUGAAUAAUAAUAAUAAUAAUAAUAAUAAUAAUAAUAAUAAUAAUGAUAAUAAUAAUAAUAAUAAUAACAAUAUGAAUAAUAGUAGUAAUAAUAACAACAAUAAUAAUAACAAUAAUAAUAACAAUAAUAAUAAUAAUAAUAAUAAUAAUAAAAAUAAUAAAAUUAAUAAUAAUAAUAAUAAUAGUAAUAAUAAUAAUAAUAAUAAUAAUAAUAAUAAUAAUAAUAAUAAUAAUAAUAACAAUAACAAUAAUAACAGUAGUAAUAAUAACAAUAAUAAUAUUAAUAAUAAUAACAAUAAUAAUAAUGAUGAUAUCAUAUGCAGAAAUAGUGUUAAUAAAAUCAACAACAAUACGGUUAAAACUAAUAAUAACGCAGACAAGUUCCAUAACGAUAAUAUUAAUGCUAACAGUAAUAAAAAUAAUAACAACGGUAACAGUAGUUGUGAUAAAAUAGAUAGCAUCUUUGCUAUUAGUAAUUAUAGUACCAAUAAAAAUAGUUCCAGUUAUAGUAAAAAUACUAGUUGUAGCAAUAGCGACCAUAGUAUAACUUACAACAGUAUAACCAGUAAUGAUCAUUUGUUACCGCCACCACCGCCACCAACAGUGAAUACAAUUUCAUCCCAAAAUAAUAAUACUAUAUCCGUGCGUAACGAUAUAGUCAUCGAAAUCAAAAACGAAAAUCCUGAUGAACUUAUAUUCAAUCCUGGAAAUCUUGAUGACGUACCAAAAUUUGUAGCUCCAACUUUAAUAUCUGUUGCUGACAAAUGGUUUUCCAUUAUAAAUCGUGAAAUGCCUUUAACUUCUAACGAAAAUCAAUAUAUCCCUGAAUAUCAAUUAGCAUAUUCAAACAUAACAUGUGAUCAAAAUAUUCAAAUUCAAGGUCAUCGUUGGGAUAUUGCAAACAAUGCGCAAUAUUUUAGCGUACCAAUUGAAAACGGUAAAGUGGAUUUAAAAUUUGACACUGAAACUAUAUUGACAUUAUCAGGCCUAAAAGAGGAAACGGUUGAUGCAGUUGUCGGGAAUCUUCGACCAAAAAUUGAGAAGGAGGAGAUUAAUAUGGACGACGAUGAAAUUACAGGCAUAACUAAAAUUAUUUCAACAGUAGGUCCAAUAAUAAAAGAAGAAAUAAUCGAUAUUAAAGCAGGGAAAAUUGAAAUUAAGUUAGAAGAUGCUACCAGUAUUUCUUUAAGCAACUUAGCAAACAUGACGCUUAACAACAUAAGCGCUUAUUUAACAUGUGACAAUACCGCCCCUUUGUCAAUGACACCUGAUGAACAAAAACAGCUUGAAUAUAUAAAAAAUCAUGGUUUUCCAAAAAAAAAAGAAAAUAAUUUCGUUGCAAGAAAUUUUCGUCAUGGAUGGUGGAUAAUUGAUGAUAUAGAAAUGAUUCAAAAUUUGAUACAGUGCUUGCAUCCAAAAGGAAUACGAGAACGAGAAUUAAAACAAAAUUUGUUAAAAGCUAUUAAUGAGGAAAUAGAAUUGAUUAUUCCGUACCCCCUUAUGUCUAGUUGUGAUGAUGAGAAAAAUUUUGUGGAACCCGACAAACCAAAGGUAUGGAGCCCAAAAAUCGCAAAACGCGUUGAAAUAUCCUUGCUUGAUCAAUUAGAAGCUCUAGAAGAUAAAAUAGCUAAUGCAUCAAUGCAAGUAAAACAUUGGCAAAUGCCACAACGUGAAAAUGAAUUAAUUUUUGAUCAAGAUGAAGAUGUCACCGAAGAAGACUUUGUUAGUAUAAUCCCAAUGUUGCGGGAGAGAAUUGCUAGCCUGGAAGCAGCUAUCGAAAGACGUUAUUUGAAACCGCCACUUGGCUUGCAAGUUGGUGAUGCACAACUUGCAGUGAUUGCACAAAAUCAAAUGAAUAAUCAACAGCAACAGCAACAGCAACUACCAUCAAAUCAGUUAAAUGAUCAGGCUCAAUCGCAAACUAAUCAAGCUAAUUUUUCACAGAACAGUAACGAUGAGUUUAAUGGUACACAGAAUGCUAAUAAUUUAGGUACAAACAAUAGCUCUGGAGGGGAAUCACCUUCGAGCGUAUGCAGUGAAGAAGAACCACUUGAAAAUAUGCCUAAGGGACUUGUUCAGUGGCGAGAGGCUGUUGCACGUUCUCAUACAACAUCACAAUUAGCAAUGGCACUUUAUGUUUUAGAAUCCUGUGUCGCUUGGGAUAAAAGUAUAAUGAAAGCGUCUUAUGAAAAUACUUCUAAAUCUGAUAAAAAAAUUUCUAAUAAUAAUAAACAAAAAAGAAAAUCGAAAACUAAUAAAAUUGAUGAUGGACAACUAAUAUCAAAUAAAAUAUUAAAUAAAAAAAUUAAAAAUAAGAAUUGCAAUAAUAUUAAAAAUGGCGAUAUGGUUAAUAACACAAAAAUUUCUUCUCCAUCACCAAUUAAUACAACAUUAUCACCAUCAACUGAAUCAACUUUAAUUGCAAUGAAACAAUUACAAUCACUUGGGAAAAAUGGUUUGACACAAAAACAAAAAUUAAUACUGCAACAGAAUUGCCAAUUUUGUUCAUCUGGAGAAAACGAGGAUAAACUUUUGUUAUGUGAUGGUUGUGAUAAGGGCUAUCACACAUACUGUUUCAAACCUAAAAUGGAAAACAUUCCCGAAGGAGACUGGUAUUGCUAUGAAUGUUUAAAUAAAGCAACAAAUGAACGAAAAUGUAUUGUUUGUGGGGGUCAUCGUCAAGCACCUGUUGGUAAAAUGGUAUAUUGUGAAUUAUGUCCAAGAGCUUUUCAUAGUGACUGCUAUAUACCACCGCUUUUAAAAGUUCCACGAGGUAAAUGGUAUUGCCAUGGGUGUAUAGCUAAAGCUCCACCACCGAAAAAACGUGCCCAAAAACGAAAUUCUAAUAAAGAAAUAAAAGAAAGAGAUAAAGACAAAGAUACAAGUAUUAAAGAAAAAGAUAAACAAAAUAAGCAACCAAACGAUCAUCUCUCGCAAACCCCGCAUAAUUCAUCAUUUCAACGAUCGGUGCAUUCUUCACACGAAGAAACCACAUUAAGCCCAAAUAAUUCUAUUGCUUCAACCUCUUUUGAUGAUCUUCAAAAUAAUUCUAUUGACGGAGCUUCAAACAAUAAAUAUCCAUCAAUAGUAACGUUACCACCACAAGCAUUACCUUCAAUUUUAUCAAUGACGGCAGCAACUCCCAACACGCCAGUUAGACCGACAACUCCGACAACAUUGCCCAUUUUGAAUAACGAAAACAAUAAUAUGUUAAUGGAUACGUCAACAUCUGAUGAUACACCAAAUUCAAGUAUAAAUCCAAUGCAACAGUCGCAAUUAUCACCUACAGUGUCGAUAAUUUCUAAUACAUCUCAAGGAUCAGUAGCAUCAUCUACACCAAGUCAGUCUCAAUCGUUACAGCCACAGCAACAACAACAGCAUCAACAACAACAACAGCAACAACAACAACAGCAGCAACAACAACAACACCAUCAACAACAUCAGCAACAAAAACAACAACAGCAACAACAACAACAGCUACAACAACAACAAUCGCAACAGCAAACACAACCUCAACAGUCUAUUCAACAGCAGCCAUCAGUACCAUCGACACCUCCGCCAUCAUCCUCAGUGCCAGACUCACCACCACCUCCCACACAUCAACAAAUUCAACAACAGCAUUUGCAAGUUUUAAAUGAGGCUAAAGAAAAGUUAAAGCAAGAAAAGAAAGAAAAACACGCGACGAAAAAAUUGAUGAAAGAGCUUUCAGUUUGUAAAACUUUACUUGCUGACAUGGAGAUUCAUGAAGACUCUUGGCCAUUUUUAUUACCGGUUAACACAAAACAAUUUCCAACCUAUAAGAAAAUAAUAAAAAAUCCAAUGGAUUUAUCGACAAUUAAGAAACGACUACAAGAUUUAGUUUAUAAGUCUCGUGACGAGUUUGUUACUGAUGUUAGGCAAAUAUUUGAUAAUUGUGAAAUGUUUAAUGAAGAUGAUUCCCCUGUGGGUAAGGCUGGACAUGGAAUGCGAAAAUUUUUUGAAGUAAGGUGGGCUGAAUUAACAGAUAAACAUUCAUGAUAUCAAAUGCAUCACUUAAAGUAUUGUAAUGAUUAAAAAAUAUAUAACAUAUUAAAUAAGUAAUCGACAUCAUUUUUAAUUUAGAAUGUUUAAAAAAAUAAAAUUAUUAAAAAAACUAAAAAAAAUUAGAAAAAUAAAAAAGUAUAAAAAAAUAUAUAUUAAUUAUACUGUAUAUAAAAAAUACCAAUUAUAAAUUCGUAAGUAUUCAAAUAAUAUUUAAAAAAAAUUGACAAAAAAUAAAAAAUUAUGAAGAGUAAAAAUAAAACGCUGCAAGCACGAAAAUAAUAUUAAAAUAUAUAAAACUAAAAUAGAAGUAAAAUUUUAUUUCAAUUAAAUAUAGAAAUAAACAUAAAAAAAAUUAAAAGUUAAAAAGAAAAAAGUAUUGAAUCAUCCGUAAAAAUGAAUAAUAUUUAGAUUUAAAUUAUAAAAUAAAAAGUAAUAUAAAUAUAGAGAUUAAUUAUGCGAAUAAUAUUUAUAUUUAUGCGUAUAUAUAAUAUAUAUUAUAUACAUAGCGUAAAUUAUACAAGUAUAUGUAGCUUAGAAAUUGUCUUUUGCUCUAUAAUUAUUUUACAUUCAUAAUUUUUAAUGUGAAAAUUUUUUCAAAAACCUCACCAUCAGAAAUGAAACAAAAAUUUCUUUUUAUUAUAUAAUAUUCUAGUUUUUAAGUUUUAAUUGUAAGAUGCUGUAAGUUGCAAUGAAAUUUAUUACAACAAGAAAAAAUAAUACGAAAAAACAACAUUUUUUUUAUUUAUGGUAUUUUUUCAACAUGUACACAUCAUUAUGUGUACAUAUAUUUUCGAUUUGUUUGCAAGAAUUAAGAUUUUAAUAUAUGUAAAUCGUAAUAUUUAAGAAUUUUUCUUAAUUUUUAUAUACAUAAAUAAAGCUACUCAUAAAUAAUCUAUAAUUUAUUGUAAUUUAAAUAUUUUUUUUAUAAAUAAUGAAAAAACAGAAUAAAUCUAUUAUUGGCAAACAAUUUUUUUUAAUACAUUAUCAUGUACUUAUAGUUAAAAAAAAUGUUUUAUAAAAUGUAGCUUGAUCUUUACCUAAAAUUGUAUUUCUUAACGCAAACUAAUAAAGUUAAACUUAAUAUAAAAAAUAAAUAAAUUUAGUAAAUUAGUUUAAUCGUUUCAAAAUUGUCAAUUUUGACAAUGAAAUUAUAAAAAAAUGACAGCUAUUAUAAUAGAAACUUCCCUUGAUAAAAUUUUAUCUAAAAAAUUAUUGAAAUAGAGUAUUUUAGCAUAUUAAUCUUAAAAUAUUACAUACUAAUAUAUGUACUAUGACCGUUCACAAAAUUUUUUUUCUAAAAAUUUUUUCUGUUUUUUUCACAGAUAAGUUUUGAAAAUUACUAAAAAGUGUGUUUAAUUAGCAACAAAGCACACAUAAAAAGCAAUAACGCACACUUCAACUUUACGUGUAAAUCGUUUAAUCUCGCUAAUACCUAAAAUUAGUCCCGUAAAUACCUGAAAUUAUAAACUAUGUAUUUCUCGCGUUUGCUUUUUUAUUUAAAUCAGAAAUCGUUUAUUCGACUCUAUUGAUCAAAAUAAUAAUCCAGAGGUGCUAUUGCUUAAUGAAUUUUAAAAUGAAUUUAUGACAAUUUAAAAAGAGAAACAGAAAACGAUUUAAAUCGUAUCCGCAAGAAAAUGAAAUUGUUACCAUAUUUUUGAAUGUAAUUAAUGUAAAAUAAAAAAACCCUUAACGAAAUUUCAAAAAUAUUGUAAUUUUUUAAGAUUCAAAAGUCAAAAUAAAUUCGUAGUUUAUAUUCAUUCGUAAGAACCAAUAGUUUUUCAUCCUGUUGGGGUUACCAUAUAAACUAAAAUUAUUAAAGAAUAAGGAUAGUUUUGCCAGUUUAAUUUUGUUAAAAUUACUCUUGAGUACUCUAUUAAUUGUUGCAAUUUAAACAUUUUCAUUUAAUAUCAAAUAUGUAAUAUAUUUUUGGCAAUUCUAUAAAGGCAAAACAGUUCACAACUUAUAACAAUUUCACUAUAUUGCUAAUAAUUAAGUAUUUAUGAACGAACUUGUUCGUAAAAAAAAUAUUUUCAUUUUCUAAGACAAAAAAUUUUUUUGAUAUUUUAAUUUAUUUUAAUUUAACUUAUAAAUUGUAAUUGCAGUGUUUUGUAAUAGAGCUUUACUGCAAUUUUGAAGUUGUGGUUGAUUAUUUAAGCUUUGUAAAAUUUAUUACUAAAAUAAUAAAAAUAUGUAUGUUUUGUAAGACACCAUAUUUUUCCGUUUACUUUUCAUUUUUCUAAUGUAGAAUUUUGAUAAGAAAAAACUAUCGUUAAAUUGUAUAUUAUGUAUUUUAAUAGACGAAAAUAUUAAUAGAAACAGAAAUUUUUAGUGAAAACCUUGGUACGUGGAGGCUCAUAGUGCAACCUUUAUAUUUUAAUGUAAUGUUACUUUUUCAAAACAAGAAAUAUUUUUUAUUUUUAUUUUGGGUAUUCAUCAUGUUUAUAUGCUAUUAUAACAUUAAAUACAAUCGUUCUAUACAAAAUAUUUAUAAACAAUACAUCAGCAGCGUUCAUAAAAAUGACAUUUUGGUGUAAAAGUAAUUUUGUCAUUUAUUUGAAUAUGAAAGCAUACAAAACGAAUCAAUUUUUUUUAUUUACAAAAUUGCAUCAAAAUCACAUUGAUAACAAAACAUUUUGAUUACUGAAAACUAUUCUAUUUUUUGUGUCUUUUUUAUUUACAUUUUCUCAUAUUUAUUUACAUUUUGUUCUCAUAUUUUAUUUUUAGUAAUUUUUUUUUAUUUUGGAAAAUUUACCGGCAAAAGAUCAUUUUGUAAUACUUAUAAUGUUUCAAAUUAUGCCACGUUUUUUUUCAAGUGUAGACUCUACAAUAAUUUUUAUAGAAAAUUUUAUAGAUUUCAUUGUUAAUAUAAAACAAUGGAGAUUUUUGAUAAUUUAGAUCUAACUUAGAUCUUAUAAAGCACGUUUGAUAAAUUCACUGUGAAAAUUAAAAAAAUAGCAUAUGUUUUCAAAAAUAGAAUUAAGGCUUAAAGCUCAAAGGAAUUUUUAAGUUUUAUAGCUAUGGGCAAAAUAUUAUAAAUUAAAAAAGAGCAUAAUAGAAAAUAAUUGGAUAUUGAAGAAUUACUCCAGUAUAUUACAAAUCAGCAAUAGUAAUUUUUCUUUUUAUUAUAAGUUAAAUUCAAUUUCUGCAGAUUUGCAAGUGCGCGUUAAAAGACUUUUAGGAUUUAAUGUAAACUUUUCUGCCUAGAUUAUCGAAAAUCCUCUAUUUUUUAUUUUUAUUCUAAGUUUUUAUAUUGAUAUACGUGGAACACAUGCGGUUGAUGGUUGGUGCUAUUAUGGUACAAUAAAAAAUCUUUGUGUUUUACAUAACAGUUUGUAGUUUGAAUCUAAUUAAUGUUUUUAUUUUGAUAAUCACAAAAGAAAGAAUUUACCUAGGCAUUAAAAAGAAAUCAUGCCAAGAAUAAUUGAACUGCUUGAAUUUUUCAACAAAAUUGUAAUUUUAUUUUCAAAUCUGCUUCCUUUACUUAUUCAACUUGUAAGUAAAGUUUUUUAAAUGUUUUUAAAUAGAUACACAUUAAAAACAUAGUGAAUAAAAAACUUUCAUUAUAACUUCGAUUGAAUAUAUACUGAGCUUAUUUGGAAUGUGUGUAAAAUAAAUUUGAAUCGAAUUGACUUUAAAAUAUGAAAACAUUUAUAACGAAUUCUAAAAUACAAAAAUAUAUUUAUUUGAUUUUUUUUAACACGAUAAAUUUUGUACUUUUUUUUUUUUUUUUUCUGUAAUUCUAAAUAUUUUUUCCAUUUUGUGAUUUUGCAGAUCAUGUUAUAGAGCUUAAAUUAUUUUAUUUUGAUAACAUUUUAAUAAUGAGUAUAAAAUUAAAAAAAAAUUGAAAUAAAAACAAACAAUAGAAAUUUAAGUUAAUUAUUUGAUAAUAAUAUAAAUAAAUAAAUAUGGAUGUUACAUGUAUAUAAUCAAUAGUUUAUUAUUAAAGUAAGUUAAGUUGGGAAGAAAUUAAAAAAAAGGUAACUAAAUUAGAUUCUCUUGUAUUUUAAUUAAGUAUGUAAAAUUAUAUUAAUAAAUCCAGAAAUUAAAAUUAACAAUAAUAAAACAAAAAAUAAAUGAUUUAAGCUACAUACAUUAAUUAAUUUCUUAGAAGCAUAUUUAUGAAAACAAGACAAAAUUAUGGAAACAUAUAUGUAUAUAUUUCAAAUAAUGAAUAAUUUAAAUUAUGUAUAUAUAUAUAUUUUAUUAUAGUAAUUAUAUUCAUACAUUGGUUUACUCAUAUAUACUCAUAUAUAAAAUAUAUAUCUAUCUAUUAAACAAAUAAAUAUAGCUAUAUAUUGUCUCCAUAUGUUCCAUAAUUCAAUAUUAAAAUACAAUUUUGGCAUUUAAAAUGUCGGCAUAUUUAAUUGUAUUUUAUACAAUUUCUUAAAAGAUACUUUUGCGCUAAUAUUUUAUACACCACACAAAAAAUUCAAUUUUAUUUUUUCUUGUAAAAAUUGUAAAUUUACAAGUAAAAUUGAUUUUAGACUUAGUAGCAAAAAAAGUAAUUUAAAAUUUCGAAAUAUUUUUGGUAUUUUCUUAUUCUCUAUAUUAUUACUUCUUCUAUAGAUACUUGGUUUAAAAUUUUAAAUCCAGGAAAUAAUUUAUUAUCAUAUUCAAAAUGUUAAUAAAGUUAAACGGUUUCAUUUAAUUUUCCGUUGUUUAACAAAAUCGAAAAAAAAACUUUUUCAAGUUGUGUGUUUCCAAUUUCAAUAAAAUCCAAAUUUCCUGCUUAUUUUGUGGUGUAAGAAUCAUUAGCGAAAAAUGUGUAUUAACAUAAUAUCUAUAACAUAUGUACGUGUCCCCUUGUAUUUAUAUAUUUAUGAAAUGAAAUUUAUAUUAUGUACCCAUUUUAUGUAUAAAAGUUAUUAAACAGAAAAAAAACUUAAUAAGAAACGCAUAUAAAAAAGAAGAAAUUAUUCAAACCGUUCCAAUUAUAGGAAAAAAACGUAUUUUUUUUUAUUUUAAGUUUUAUUUUUAAAGUUAUUUUUUUAUAACUAUAGAAAACAAAAUAUUAUAAGUAAAUUGAUUUUCUUAUUUUUGAACUUAUAUAAGUUAGUUUUUACACUUUUUUAUU